AUGGCGAUGGACCAGUCGCUCAUCAAGCUUGUCAACAAGCUCCAGGAUGCUUUCAACAAUGUCGGCAUUCAGAACCCCAUCGACUUGCCCCAAAUUACAGUGCUUGGUUCUCAGUCCUCGGGCAAGUCAAGUGUGCUUGAAAACAUUGUCGGCCGCGAUUUCCUCCCGCGUGGUACCGGUAUCGUGACCCGUCGUCCUCUCGUCCUCCAGCUCAUCAACCGUCCAGCCACCUCCAAAGCCAACGACGAGGCAGCUCCAGCUGUCUCUUCAAAGGGCGCCAACAACCCGGAUGAAUGGGGAGAAUUUCUCCAUCUCCCUGGGGAAAAGUUCUUUGACUUUGACAAGAUCCGCGAAGAAAUCGUCCGCGACACUGAGCUUAAGACCGGCAGGAAUGCCGGCAUUUCGCCCCAGCCCAUCAACCUCCGCAUCUACAGCCCCAACGUGCUCACACUCACCCUUGUAGAUCUGCCCGGUCUCACGAAGGUGCCCGUCGGAGACCAGCCCAGAGAUAUCGAGCGCCAGAUCCGUGACACGGUGCUCAAGUUCAUCUCGAAACCCAACGCCGUCAUCCUUGCCGUCACUGCUGCCAACACCGAUCUGGCCAACUCGGACGGUCUCAAGCUCGCGCGCGAAGUGGAUCCAGAGGGAACCCGCACGGUCGGUGUGUUGACCAAGGUCGACCUCAUGGACGCCGGCACCGAUGUCGUCGACAUUCUCGCCGGCCGUGUCAUUCCGCUCCGACUCGGCUACGUACCCGUCGUCAACCGUGGCCAGCGCGACAUUGAUCAAAAGAAGCUCGUCAGCGCUGCUCUCACCGCAGAGAAGGAGUUCUUCGAGAACCAUCCCAGCUAUCGCAGCAAGGCUCAGUACUGCGGUACUCCCUUCCUCGCCCGCAAGCUCAACACCAUUCUCAUGCACCACAUUCGCAACACGCUGCCCGACAUCAAGAACAAGAUCGGCUCGCAACUCGCCAAGUUCCAAUCUGAACUUGCCUCUCUGGGUGGUCCCAUGGGCGAAUCCAACUCGGCUGGUGUCGUACUUCAGAUCAUCACCGAGUUUGCCAACGAGUUCCGCACCGUCAUUGACGGCAACUCGAACGACCUCACUGUCAACGAGCUCGCAGGUGGUGCGCGAAUCAGUUUUGUCUUCCACGAGCUCUACAGCAAUGGCGUCAAGGCCAUCGACCCCUUCGACAUGGUCAAAGAUACCGACAUCCGCACCAUCCUGUACAACUCAUCCGGCUCCUCGCCUGCCCUCUUUGUUGGCACUACCGCCUUCGAGGUCAUUGUCAAGCAGCAAAUCAAGCGUCUCGAAGACCCCGCACUCCGCUGCUGCUCGCUCGUGUAUGACGAGCUGGUGCGCAUCCUUGCCCAGCUCCUCGCCAAAAACGCCAGCUUCCGCCGCUUCCCUGCUCUGCGCGAACGCUUCAACACGGUUGUCAUCCACUUUUUCAAAAAGUGCAUGGCCCCCCACCACCAAGCUCGUCUCGAACUUUGUCGCCGCACAAGCGUUUAUCUCACAAAGAAGGUCAACCCGCACGCUGUCAACAACGACAAGGACCUCGAUGUCUCGCUCAAGAACGAUUCGGGCUUCUUUGGCAGCUUCUUCCAGAAGGGCAGUCAGCAGAACACCCAGGCGGUCAAGGCCAAAAAGGCGCUCAUGGAGGCUCCACCGCCGUCACUCAAGGCUUCGGGUCAGUUCAGCCAGCGUGAACAGCUCGAGACUGAAGUAGUCAAGCUGCUCAUUCAGAGCUAUUUCAACGUGGUCAAGGUCGAGACCAUCUCAAUGGUGCCCAAGUGCAUCAUGCUCAACCUCGUCACCCAGUCCAAGGAACAAAUGCAGAAGGAACUUUUGCAGGAGAUCUACAGGCCAGACGUGCUCGAGGAGUUGAUGAAGGAGUCCGAUCACGUCGUGGCGAGGAGGAAGGAGUGUGUCAAGAUGAUCUCGGCACUCGAGACCGCCAGCGAAAUUAUCGCCACUGUAUAG